CCUUUCAUUCCAGCAAAGUGCACCAGCAGAGCAAGGAUGAGUCACAGGCUCGAGCGCUCAGAUUCCCAUAGGUGAGGAACUGACUCCUCAGACUAAGAAAACGUGGGUGCUCACUCCUCAGCAGUGGCCUUGGCAGGGUGUCGGAGCCCUCAGUCUGCCCGGUCUGGUCGCUGGAGCCAGGGCUGGGUUUCCCUCAUGUAUGGCAAGAGCCCUACGCGUGCCGUGCUUCUCCUUGGCAUACAACUCACAGCUCUUUGGCCUACAGCAGCUGUGGAAAUUUACACCUCCCGAGUGCUAGAGGCUGUCAACGGGACAGAUGUUCGGUUAAAAUGCACUUUCUCCAGCUUUGCCCCUGUGGGUGAUGCUUUGACAGUGACCUGGAAUUUCCGUCCACGAGAUGGGGGGCCUGAGCAGUUUGUAUUCUACUAUCAUGUGGAUCCCUUCAGACCCAUGAGAGGGCGUUUCAAGGAUCGGGUGGUCUGGGAUGGGAACCUUCAGCGUUAUGACGUCUCCAUCAUCCUCUGGAAGCUGCAGUUUGAUGACAAUGGGACAUAUACCUGCCAGGUGAAGAACCCACCUGAUGUUGAUGGGCUGAUAGGGGAGAUCCAGCUCAGCGUUGUGCAGACUGUACGCUUCUCUGAGAUCUACUUCCUGACUCUGGCCAUUGGCUCUGCCUGUACGCUGAUGGUCAUAAUAGUAAUUGUGGUGGUCCUCUUUCAGCAUUUCCGGAAAAAGCGAUGGGCUGAAAGAGCUCAUAAAGUGGUGGAGCUAAAAUCAAAAGAAGAGGAGAGGCUCAACCAAGAAAAAAAGGUUGCUAUUUAUUUAGAAGACACAGGCUAACAUUCCUAGAUGGAAGUUGAAGAUUUCCAAGAACAAGAACCCUAGGAUAAACUGAAGUUAAUGGAACCUUUGGCUCUUUCAUUUGUGACCUGUCUUCUAACCAACUCUGCAGUACAUAACCACCUAGACAAGCAACAUCUCUCUGGAGCCAGCAUAGGGCCCUUCUAGAGCAGAUACCACAAGACUCACACACAGCCCCAUUACUAAGGUUUUAUUUAAUUUUAGAGUGCAAAUAUUUUUCAAAUUCUUAAUAGCUUUUGUAUACUAUGAAGCUACACUUUUGCCCUUAACUACUCCUUUUGGAUUAUGACUUGUAUACAUAUAUUGGCAGCAAACGGGAUAAAAGCCAAUUUGUCUAUCACGACAUUUCCUUUAAGAUAUUAGUUUCUUUAGAGCAGCACUCUUGCUACUAAAGUUAGUGUUUACUUUUUCCUUCUCACACUCUCAAUUAAAGGUGAGCUAACUCUUCCAGCUGUUUUUUAUUGAUUAACAUAAAAUCCUAAUUUUUUUGUAGUUGAACUCCUAAAUUUAAUUUUUUUAAACUCUUAAAUUUUAUAAGAAAAUCCUAAAUUUAAACUGUUAAAGAACAGUUUGAUAUUUAUGGCUCUCCUUAAGUAUAGGACAUAUCUUGUUCUAUUGAAUUUGUUUUAAUAUCUUAGAUGAUAGUUUUUCUUUUUUAGUCAAUUGAUCCAAGGACAAGUCUAAAUCACUGAGCAACUAGAAAAAAUUAUGUAAAUGCUAAUAGACUGAAAAAUGCACCUCAGGAUGAACUGCUUGUUACCUUUUUGCUGCACUGUGAAAAACAAUCAACAGUGCAGGUCUUUUUUGAGCAGUAAAUGACUGCUAAGCUUACUGUGUAUUUUCCCCUAAUUCGAUUACCUAUAAAAACAAAGCAAAGUUUAUGCUCAUUUGUUUGUAGACUGGAAUCAUUAAAUAGAAGAGUUCUGAAAUAGUAUAUUAAGACUUUAAAAACGUAGGGUUGAUGAAAACAUUCAACCCUAAAUGAUGAUAACUUGUACAGUGUUACACAAAGAACUGGAAGAGAUUAUUUAAAUUUUUCCUUUAUUUUUUUCAAAUUUGCUUGCAUAUUUUGGGUAGAGAGAAUUUGAUAUGGGGCAAAGAAAUCCCCAAACCAACAGAAUGAAACCAACUUUAUUCUUUUUUCUCUUCUACUAGUAGAUAAAGCAAACUUUACAAGUGGGCUAUGAAAAGAAGGCAGCUUUUUAUAAAAUGUCUAGUUUCCUGGAGUCUUUCCAAACUUAAGCUACAGUAGCAUUUAUUCAAAAGAUAGAAAAUAUCUAAAAGUUUAGGGCCCCUCAAAAUCUUUAUAGCAUGGUAUUUUCAGUUUUCACUGAAUGGGCUGAGGAUGUUAUUUCUUUUAACAAACUGGAAUUUUCAAAUAGGCUAUCUGUAUUUAAAGAUGCUGAACGUUGAUUUUUUCCUAAUAGUUAAAAAAGUUGGUAUAAUUUACAUAUGAACUUGAUUCUGAAAAACAUUCCAUACCUGUCUCAUUUUGCCUAUUGCACUGUCUAUAAAGGUGAAAUUUCAAUACCCAGUUUGAAACUAAAAAUUAGAUUUAAAGUUUAUAUUACUUUCAAUUCACAUUUUCUAUUUUUCUCCAUAAUUCGCCCUUUCAAAAUAUAAAAACUGGAUGUUUCUUCAAACAGAUGGCCUGAUGUUCCAUAAGUGUAAUGAAGAAGUAGUUAAAAACUCAUGGAAAGUCUUUCCAGCAAAACUUGUAGCAGUGUCUUGGCUAAAUACUCAAGGGUUAAUAUGGUCCUGUUGUUCAGUGUCUUCUACCUAAAGAGAACUUUUGUAUUGUAAUUUAUUUUUUAUUGUGCCUUAAACAUUUAUGUAAAUAACCUUUAGUAAUAAAGAAUUCUCAGUUAUGUAAUUUACUUAUAUACAAAUCUAGAAAUUUUACAUAGCAGGUUAACAGAACACAGAUGGUUAUAUAUUUUACCUUCACUGAAAAUCUUCUUUGAGGCAGCCUGGAAGUCAAUAAUGGAUAGGAUUUCUACUGGAUAAAUAAACCUAUAUGGAAUUUCACAGAA